AUGCUGCUAUCGCGCCUCCCAUUAACGCUCUUCGCACCCAAUGGCGCUUCAAUACGCAGCCUGACAACUGCAAGCAAUGCCACUAAACCCAAGAGCAAAAAGCUUCCCCUUGCCGGGCUGAAAGUCCUCGAUCUCAGUCGCGUUCUAGCAGGGCCAUACUGCACUCAAAUCCUCGGUGAUCUUGGCGCAGACAUCAUCAAAAUCGAACAUCCCGUCCGCGGCGAUGAUACACGCGCCUGGGGUCCGCCCUACGCACCCUACAUCGACGGCCGAGAAGGCAAGGGCGAGAGCGCGUAUUACCUCUCCGUAAACCGCAACAAGCGCUCGCUGGCCCUCUCCUUCACAUCAACGGCCGGCCAAAAGAUCCUGCACAGACUCGCCCGCGAAGCCGACAUCCUCGUGGAAAAUUACCUCCCCAACAGCCUGCAAAAGUAUAAUCUCGACUACGCCACGCUGAGCUCCAUAAACCCGUCCCUGAUAUACACGUCCAUAACGGGGUACGGCCAGACAGGGCCCUACAGCAAUCGGCCGGGCUUCGACGUCAUGGUCGAGGCGGAGUUCGGGCUUGCGCAUCUGACGGGGAGUAAAGGGGGUCCGCCGGUGAAGGUUGGUGUUGCGGUUACGGAUUUGACGACGGGACUUUAUGCGGUGCAGAGUAUUCUUGCGGCGCUUUGGCAGCGCGCGCAGAGUAAGCUGGAUGGAGCGGAGGGGAAAGGGGAGGGCCAGCAUUUGGAUGUUUGCCUUAGUGAUUGUCAGGUUGCGACGCUGGCGAAUAUGGGGCAGGGGCCGUUGGUCUCAGGACAGAAAGAUAGUGGGAGGUGGGGGACUGCGCAUCCAUCCGUCGUCCCCUACCAAUCCUUCGCCACAGCCGACGGGGAUAUCUUCGUCGGCGGCGCAAACGACAAGCUGUUUGGGAUCCUGUGCGCGCGUCUCAACAAGCCUGAGUGGGCUUCUGACGCGCGCUUCCUUACGAACUCGGACCGCGUGGCGAACCGGUCGAUCCUUGAGGACCUGAUUGAAACGGAGACGAGGAAGGUCUCCACAAGCGAAUGGCAGAAGAGGCUCGAGGGCUCAGGGCUGCCGUUUGCUGUUGUUAAUGAUGUGUUGGGGACUAUGGGGCAUGAGCAUGUACAAGCACGCGGCAUGGUCCAAACAAUAGCGCACCCGGCCUGCGGGCCCCUUAAGGUUAUCUCGCCGCCGGUGAAAUACUCGAAUGCUGAGCCGAGUAUUCGGCGGGCACCGCCAUUGCUGGGAGAGCAUACGGAUGAGAUCCUGGCGGAGAUUGGGCUUAGUGAGGGAGACAUUGCAGGAUUGAGAAGAGAGAAGGUUGUUGCUUAG